UAACAAAUGACUAUAAUUAUCUCUCUUCUCAGCAUAAGUGGCUGAAGCCGAAAGCGUUCAGCAGUUUCCAUGGAAUCAUCAUCGCAUUCAUAAUGAGACGUAUAAUAACAAGUUUCUGCAGCGCACACUUCAUUACUCGACGUCUCAGUUUCGGUCCGCGGGUUCCUUGAAAAGCUUUUCAAAACUUAGGGCGAUGUCUCGUAAAAAGGUGCGAUCUUCUCGUGGUAAGCGAUCCUCAAGCAAUGCAAAAAAGUCACCGCCUCGGUCUCCCUUACCUGAUGAUGUCGACAUUUUCACCCCACUUUCGUCGCUGAUUUCUGACCAUGAAAAACUUGCAUCUACUGCUGUCGCUUUUGUAGGAUGGCACGAUGUUAUGUCCAUGCUGCCACCAUGUUUGCAGGGUCGUUCUCGUGAAGAUGUGAUUCUUCUUGUGUCGGAUGAACUUGAUGGUAUGUCAAAAAGACGUGUGCUCCAAAUCUUGCAAGGCGAAGAUGGAUUGGCUAGUUCCUCAUCGUCGACGUCAGAGUCUGAAGAUGACAAAAGCGAGAUGUAUGCGGAAAGCGCACAGUCAUCCGCCGAAAGUGAAGUUCACUCCGAUCGCUCAUCAGCACUUUGUGAAAAAGCAGACGUCUCCACUCCUCCCUUUUCUCGGUCUGAGGCUAGCGAAAGCGGUUCAGAGCGCGAAUCUUUCUCAGAUGUGGAAUUGAUUGAAGGUUUAGAUGCUGAUUCCAGUAAUCUUCCUGAUGUCAACUGAUGAGUGCUAGCUUCGCUCACUAAAUGCCAAUUUUAUUGGUGGAGCAUUUGCUAAAUAUUCUGCUUCUCAUAGUAAUACUGCUAUGUUUCAUUCAUUCGUCUCAUCCUAUAAUUCUUCUCAUGUUCGAGCCAUUUUCGCUUAUUUUUCACAUUGUAUCACUUUUAUUGAAGUUGCAACCGGGUAUCUGGAGUCAUAGAGCAGUUUACGCAUGGAUAAGCAUGUCUAGAGCA